ACAUCCAGCUCCUUGGGAUUAGAUGGGGCUAGAACAAUCAGACAAAUCCUUCAUCUCCAUCAUUUAUCCUGUCAUGGGAUUCCAUAAUUCUCUCAGAAAAAGCAGCUAUGGAUGCAAACCAGCCUAUCCCAACUUAUAACGGCAACAAGCAAUGUGAGGCUCUGGUUCUCUCUCACCAUGGCUCAUGCCACAAGCCACGUUCAUGCUAGCCUUGAAUGCUGAUGAAGAAGAAGCAACCAGAGAACCAUGAACCUGAGCAAGAGCUUGAGAUCCUCAAGGCGGUGGCACAAGCCUGGCACAGCCACUCCAGCAGCUCCGGAGCGGCCAGCAGCAGCGAGUUCGACGCCCGCCGGCUUAAUUUCAAGAGCAGGCCUUCCCGGUUCAGGGUCGAGGCAAUGAACAGUAAGUCAAUUGUGCCUUCCAAGGGCAAGGAUGGUCUCGGUGGUGGCCCCUGGGACUUCAGGCAAUCCCUGUGGGAUUCGUACGAGAUCGUGACAGUCGCCAGGAAGCUCGAGGCGCGGUUGAAUUUGGAUGACCCAUUUGGGGAGCUGCCCGGGGCCGGUAGAGUCAUUAGGAGGGAGAGGGAGAGUAGGAAUAGCUUGAGGAAUCUGUUCAAUCUGAUGUCCUCUAGAAGAUUUAAUGAGCCUGAUGCUCCAAGUCCGAGUUUACAAGACAAUCAAUUUUGAUCAUAUUCACCUGACAUUAGCCCCAGCUUUUGACUGUUGUCAAUUCAAUUUCAUUUCUUGCA